UUAGUUUAGUAUGGAAAGCAGACAACAAUGGCUUAGCAGGCUGAAAAAUGAACUUAGCAACAGCCCUCUGGUAUCAAAUGUGGCUUUUGGGUUCAUCCUCAUGGGACUAGAGAAGCUCGUGGAGCUGGAGUUUGAGUGCCCUUGCAACCCUACGUGGAAUGGAGCUUUUUCCUCAGCAUUCUUCAUCAUUCCUGCUGUCAUGGCCUUCACCUUGAUGCAAAUUGUCCAAGGAUGCAGGUGCAGCGCAUGGUGCAGGGAAAUGGUUUCCCUCUCCAGUUUUGUUCCCGCCGUCAUUUGGCUGAUUUUGUUGUUCCUGGAUGGCCAGUACUUUGCCUGCGCUAUGACAGACUGGGAGGGAAGAUUUGUGCUUGUGGACAAGGCAGCUCCACAGAAAUGGUGUGAACCAAUUAGAGAGGGAGAUGUCACCACACAGGAAUUAAUGCUCCGCUCACAGCGGCUGUUUGUGUUUUCUCAGGUAAUAGGAAUAAUCCUCCUCAUUUUCAUCUGUGUGGGUCUGGUUGUGUAUGUAAUCAGAGAAAGCUGCAAACAGGAGGUGGACAUGCAGGAUACAGAUGUAGCCGAGCUCACUGUGCUCAGGAUGAGCUCACUAAGGACCAGAACAUCCUGAGCAGACUUAACCUCUCCUUGAUGGACACUGUAAAU